AGUGCAUCUGAACGUGCCACACACUCGCCCCUCCUCAAAGUGGCCAGAAUAUGUCCCCCACCUACUCCACCCCGUCCUUGCAGAUUCUCCGUGUGCAAACGAUCUAUUGGCAGGGUAGCUUUCCUGGACCUUUGCGGUGUUGUGACAUUCUCCUGGGUGUUGUGUAAAAACUGUGAAACGAUGGAGCAUUUGCUACCCUUGUAGAAAGACUUUGUGGAAGGGUUGCGGCUGCUGCUUCUGUGCAACAUCUUGCCCCAGGGAUCCAGUCCCCAAGGACUUUUAUUGCUGCUCCUGACAAACUCUAUUUGUACCAUUUCACCUGCCCAGUUCUCCCUGGUUGGGUUUACUGUGGUGGGUGCUGUUUAGGAAGCCUUUUGGUCCAGCACCUCAACCGCUCCAACUGAGCUCAUCGGUGUAGAAAUGUUUUCUGCUCUUUGCAAGCAGAUGGGCCCGUUAACUAAGGCUUGCAGAUGUGGGUGCAGAGACUGUGGAAAUAACUCUUGUUGGAAAUUUUGGCAUCAUUUCCCUACCACUGGGUCGUACUAGCCAUGCUGGGCUAUGAAUGUGAGGUCAUCCAUGUAUGUGCCGGAUAUUUUGCAACAAAUAGCUCUGCCCCCCCUUUUUUUGAACUAUGAAGCUGUUGUAACUAGUGCAUGUUUUACUACCCUUUUACGCAGACCCUUUCAUAGGGGAGUAGUGCUGGGAAGCAAUCAUUAUAACACUUAGGAAACGAGUUUGUAGAAUCCAAGACAUGCUAUAAGAGCAGAACAGGAAGGAAAGUCUGUUAGGUCUUUAACACAGAACUGGUUGGGCAAGUCAGCAAUCUCUGACCUAGUGACAUUUCCUGGUAACAUUUCCUGGAUCCUAUUUGGGGAGGAGCUGUGCUCUGCCACCUGUCGCAAGCUAAAGGUGCGGCUGGUCCCCAGAACUGCCAGCAAGAUAUGAAUUGGGAACAGUCCGAAAGGUCUGGAAACAACAAGGGUCCUGGCAUAAUUGCUACUCAAAAUGAUGUAAAGAUCCAUACUUCUGGGGUGGGAGAAUCAUCGUUGGUUCCUGGGAACCUCAGGCUCAUGCCCGUCCCAUCCCGCCCACGCCUGCAAUGGGACGAUUCUCUGAAUCCCUUGCGGAUUAGCGUGGGUGGACUCCCAGUGCUGGCGUCCAUGACCAAAGCAGCUGACCCCCGCUUCCGCCUGCGUUGGAAGGCCAUUGUGGGAACCUCCCUGGCCCUGAUCCUUGUCCUGCUGCUCCUCUGCUUCCAGCGUUCGCCUUCGGCAAGCAGGCCGGUGCCUCUCACCGCUCACAACUGGCGUCUCGGGGCACUGCCCAGUGGGCGGUACAAUGACACCUACCCAUUGUCACCACCCCAGCGGAUCCCAGAGGGCGUGCGCUACCGCAUUGGACUCAUUGCCGACCUCGACACGAACUCCAAGGGCCCCACCGAGCAUACCUGGUUCAGCUACUUGAAGAAAGGUUACCUGACUCUGUCAGCCAGCGGGGACCAUGUCUCUGUCGAGUGGGACACCCAGGACCAUACGCUUGAGUCUCACCUGGCUGAGAAGGGGCGUGGCAUGGAGCUCUCCGAAUUGGUAGUCUUCAAUGGCAAGCUGUAUGCUGUGGAUGAUCGCACUGGCGUGGUCUACCAGAUUGAUGGCACCAAGGUGGUACCUUGGGUGAUCUUGUCUGACGGGGAUGGCACAGUUGGCAAGGGGUUUAAGGCUGAGUGGCUAGCGGUGAAGGACGAACAUCUGUACGUCGGAGGCCUGGGGAAGGAGUGGACGACCACCACUGGGGAGGUGCUGAAUGAGAACCCCGAGUGGGUGAAAGUCAUUGGCUACAAAGGUGACGUGGCUCACGAAAACUGGGUGGCCAAUUACAACGCACUGAGGACUGCGGCGGGGAUCAAGCCCCCAGGUUACCUGAUCCAUGAGUCUGCCUCUUGGAGCGAGACACUCCAGCGCUGGUUCUUUUUGCCACGCCGCGCCAGCCACAGGCGCUACAACGAGCAGGACGACGAACACUGUGGCACCAACCUGCUGCUUAGUUCCGCACCGGACUUUGCCGACAUCACUGUGAGUCACGUUGGCGACGUCAUCCCCACCCACGGCUUCUCCUCCUUCAAGUUUGUCCCCGACACGGAUGACCAGAUCAUUGUGGCACUGAAAUCUGAGGAGGACGCUGGGCAGGUGGCUACGUACAUCACCGCCUUCAUGCUGGAUGGGCGUUGCCUUCUGCCUGAAACUCGUAUCGGUUCCAUCAAAUAUGAGGGCAUUGAGUUCAUCUAAUGGAUUGAAUGGGUGCUUUUGAGACAAGGCGGAUGAGCUGGGUGCGGGGAUGGGGCAGGAGGAUGUGCCCCGGGAUUUCCCCCCUCUAAUUCUGGCUCAACUGCAAAGCAUGGCGGGACUCUGAAGUGCUCUUUCAUGGCAUAGCUUUCACCUUUAUAAAAGCAACUUCAUUUAUUGCAAGUGUGGGCCUGUUUAUGUGCGGACCCCUAGUGGUGCAGGGUGGGCAGCGCCUUUGCAGUUUUUCGUUACUUGGCUUCAUUGCACCCUGCAAGAAACUCCCUUGUUUUCAGUCCAACUCCUUCCUGCUUUUCUCAACUAGCCUGGUGAUCUGGCAGGACGUACAUGAGGAAUUGGCUUGAUCCUAUCCCUUCACUUUAUUUUAUUUUCUACAAUUCACAUGUGCCUUUGUUAGGAAAGGGAAAUCUUGGCACUUGGCUGAACAGCAGGAUUAUUUAUUCAUUCAGUCACUUGAAGGGUCUUCCUUGGCCCACCCCACUCCACCCCACAGUAGCCUUGGACCUUGGCUAGAUGGGUACUUCUUGAUGAUGAGACAUUGCUGAUGAGACCCGGUCAGAUAACAGUAGAGGGGGUGAGAGAGCUGGGGAAACUCUUUGGAGCAAAAGGGUGAUCUGUGGUCAGCCCCCUUGUGGCUGCAGCAAAGAAAGGGUAGAUUAUAAGCCAUACUCAGCCUGAUGACCCAUCUAGCCCCAGGUGUUUUCUUUUCAGCAGUUUGUUGUAUCCAAGUCAUUCCCAGAGUAGCCCCACUGGAAUAAAUGGACUUAGAUUUGUCCAUUGCACACAGUAAUCCUGCACCGCUGAGACCAUUAUUAGAAAGUUCUCAUUUGAAUCUUCCUUUCCCCCUUUUUUUGGUUUAAGGUGUGUGGGGUUCAAGGUCAGGAAGCCAGCAUCCUAUUGGAGUUACACAACUGGAAUAAAGUGUCCUAGUUUAUUCUUGCUGCUUUCGGCAUUCCUUGUUCUCCACGUGUGAUAAGACAGAGCAUGUGGUCCUGAGCAUUAACAUCAGCCCUAGUAAUGUGUUAUGUAUCUCAAUAAAUUAUCAAGAGCUUUUCUAGUCCAAGAGCUUGUGAUGGUUUUGCCUACCUGAAAGCACCUUAUGGAUUGUAGUAAUGUUCUGAUUAUUUUCCUGUAGACCACAACGUAACAAGGCAGUAAAAUGCACAUAUUAGGUGCCUAUUUUCUAACAGGUAGGUUUUUGAACGCGUAUGCAAGAAACGCCAAGUCUUAUGAAUGAACUUGAGAGGCUUCAGGUACCCCAAAUAAACCCCAAGUGACCUUUGAUUUAUGUCAUAAUGUAUAUACUGUAGUUGAAGACGUUGCCAUUUUGUGUGUGUAUUUGUGUGUGUGGCUUUAUCCAUUGUAGAGCUAAAUCAGGGUCCCAUCAGCGCGCAUGGAUUGCCACUAGCACAGCAAGACUCCUCCCUCCUGUGCCCCCUCAGUCAGUUCUAGGGGUUCCCCCAACCCUUCAGAACAGAUUUGGGGAGGAUGGAAGGUGGGGAAAGACCUGGCAGGAUGAGUGAAUAAAAUAUCACCCAUAACAUAGCAAGGCUAUCUUACGCCACCAGAUCCGCCAUGGAGAUAUUUCCCAAUCCUACUUAGAAGUGCCAGGGGUUGAUCCUGGGAUGUUCUGUGCAUAGUUAAACUAUGGAACUCACUCCCACAGGAGGCAGUGACGGCAACCCACAGAGAAGAGGAUUGGACAAAUUCAUGGAGGCGAGGGCUGUCGAAGGCUACUAGCCAUAAUGGCUAGGCUCUGCCACCACACAUGGAGGCAGCAAUGCUUCUGAAUACCAGUUGCUGGAAACCGCAGGAGGGAAGAGUGCUCUUUUGUCUGAAUCCUGCUUGUGGGCUUCCUACAGGCAUCUGGUUGGGCCUCUAUGGGGAACAGGAUGCUGGACUAGAUGGGCCAUUGGCCUGAUCCAGCAGGCUUUUCUUGUGUGCAAAUCAUGCUCUACUACAAAGAUACAGCCUCACUUUCCAUGUGUAAAAAUGUCUUCGGGCACAUGGAAUAUAACUUCCUAGUGGGGCUUUUCCAAAUUGGAUGUUUCCAAAAUAACCUCACCACAAUACUUUUGGUUUAUAUCAUAAACUAGCUCCUGCCAACCUAGCAGUUCAAAAGCACGUCAAAAUGCAAGUAGAUAAAUAGGAACAGCUACAGCGGGAAGGUAAACGGCGUUUCCAUGUGCUGCUCUGGUUUGCCAGAAGCGGCUUUGUCAUGCUGGCCACAUGACCUGGAAGCUAUACGCCGGCUCCCUUGGCCAAUAAUGCGAGAUGAGCGCGCAACCCCAGAGUCGGUCACGACUGGACCUAAUGGUCAGGGGUCCCUUUACCUUUAGUAUGCUAGUAUGACAAAGGAGGAGUUUAUGAAAGGCUAAUAAUCACUAGAUGGCAGCACUUGCGUGUAGCAAAACCAAGUCUUGAGAUCAUUCAAUCUUCUCUGAAAGGACCAGUCUUUGGUGGGGGAUAGAGGUGGUUCAAUAGUGUUAUGUGCCACAUCAGAUCAGUGUGUUAGCAUUUGCUGUUAAGGAUAUAUAACAUUCAGAAGACUGUAAAAGUGCAAGGCCUGCUAAAUAAAAAUAUGUGAGUUUGGCACAAAAAUCAAGAAUUGAUAGCAUUUUUAUAUACAGAACAUUGUCAGAAAACUUUACUAGAACAUGUAUAGCUGUGGGUUUUUUUUGUUUUUGUUUUGCAAUUGAGCAGUGUCAGUUACAUUUGCAAAACAAUCUGUGGACCUCUGUUACUGAAGCAUGAGGCUGAGACCUUGUUUUGACUGAGGAACUGAGAACCCAUGGACCCAAUAUCACAAUAUUGUACUGUACUUCAUCAAUCCAGAAUAACCACUCCUAAUGUGCAACAGAAUUGCAUUUGUGCAUUAAAAAUUGGCAUCUCUUAAACUGCAUUUUAUUUUGACUGUACAAAUGGGGACCUGCUACAUUAUGCAGCAUACCUCCACCCUCCUUUGUUGAGCUCCAACCAGUCUCAAACAAGAACAUUACGGUGCUGUUCAGGAGUGUGUGUGUGUGUUUGAAGGGGGGAGAUUUCAGAUGGAGGUGAGAGAAAACAAGACUAUUCCCCCUCCCCUAUUGAAAUCUUCCCCUACUUUGUUAUACAUUGCUUGGAUGCAAGACUGUUUUGUACUUUAUAAACCUGAGCUCUUUCUUGUUAUAUUGUGAGUUUUGGGGUGGGACAGGGUUCUCCACAGACAGGGGAAGAAAGAAAGAGACAUUUAUUUCCCCGUCUCUUCAAAAUUUCCCACAAAAGGUGAGUGGGAGAGGAUUUUUUAACCUCAUGGCAAGGAUCACAAUACCUGAUCACAAUACUAUUUCAGAGAAUUUUAAUAAACCAUUAGAACAGGGGUAGGCAACCUAAGGCCCAUGGGCUGGAUGCAGCCCAAUUGCCUUCUCAAUCCAGCCCACGGACAGUCUGGGAAUCAGCGUGUUUUUACAUGAGUAUAAUGUGUCCUUUUAUUUAAAAUACAUCUCUGGGUUAUUUGUGGGGCAUAGGAAUUCAUUCAUCCCCCCCCAAAAAAAAUAUAGACCGGCCCACCACAUGGUCUGAGGGACGGUGGACCGGCCCACGGCGGAAAAAGGUUGCUGAACCCUGCAUUAGAACUUCCAGAUUCCCAUCUUUCAUUUUUAAAAAAGUAAGUUUCUAGCAUUUGCAGAACCUGAGAUAUGAGGCAAAAUGUACAGGCAUCGGUCUUCUAGUUUUUCUAUGAGAAAAACUACCCUGCCCACCCUCCUUUAAGUAUUUUAUUUUGCCCGACAACCUGAAAAAAAUCCCGAGGAAACCCAUGCUUCUGAACUUCUUCCUUGAGACAAUCUGGGCAUGUCAGCACCCUUUCUGCUAUUGUUGUUGAACAUUCAGGAAAAGUCAGUUCUUUGGGUUUUAUAAAUGCUGAUCUGGCUACUGAAGUAUGUCAGGAAGCUCAUGGGGUAAUUGGCUUUGUCGCCAGUGUGCAAUUCUGUCAAAUAACAUAAUUAACAAUAACUUGAUUCUAGAAAACAUGCACUAUUCUGGAAUACAAAUAGGUUAACCUUGUUGAAAGACCCUUAGGAUGUUGUGUUGUUUGGGUUGUGGUUGAUGUUAUAAACUGCAUUGUUAAGAUAUAUAACUUUGUUGGGCAAACAGGUUUUUAUUCCUCAAACUGAAGACAUCAUUUCCGUAAGAU